GUUUUAAUACUAUGCUGGAACAAAAGUCUGCAUACCAUGUUGGUACCUAGGACCAGGAGUCAAACAUGAUUGAUAUUGAAUUUGCCAAUCUGGUUGUGCACAUUGCACUGGAUGACUUCUCAGACAGGUUUUCUGCCAGAAUUUAUUGGGUGUAAGGCUAUGGAACUGACAGUUUCUCAGUCAAGUGUCAACUCUCCAUCGACAUAUGCAUUCUGAAAGCUAUCUGGAAGUCCAUUAUUGCAAUUUAAUUUAUCCUGCCCUAACGGGAAUCACAGGGGACAUCUAGUGGCAAAUAUUGUUGCACAAUAAGGUCAACCAAAUGACUGGUGGUAUGUUUUCUGCAUUCAACACUGUUCACAUAAACAACCACAACACCCAUUAUUUUGGAAUGUCAUUAUAGCAUGGUUGUACAUUUUUAAAAAAAUAUAUUAAUUAGACUAGCCUAGAGUACUGCACAUUGUGGAUGCCUGAGUGACCAUAAUGAGCUUUAAAGGUCCAAUGUAGUCAUAUCUCAAUAUCAAAUCAUUUCUGGGUAAAAAUUAAGUACCUUACUGUGAUUGUUUCUUUUUGACCAUUUUAAUUUAAAACAAAGUGUUUCUUAGCAAGAGCAGACCAAAACUUCAUCCCACAAAGUUGACAUUUCAGGCUGUCUUUUCAAACCGCUCUUACACUAAAAGGGCAUUAUCAUAAUUUGACCGUUUUCAGAGUACUAUUCCAAGCUCAUAGUUUGGAAAUAUUUUUCAAACAAUCACCUUCUUGACUGCACUGGGCCUUUAACUCAAUGACGUUAGACUACUACAUAUAGUGUAGCCCUGCUGCCGCCAGAUGGCGCUAUUAUUGCUAAUGUCGUUUGUUAGUGGCGAAUAGCGCCUACUAGCGGAUGUCCAGGCUAGCUAGAAGUGCUGCAAAUAUCCUUAAACUUAUAAAUUGUCAUUAGCUGUAUUUGUUAUGUCAACGAUGAUGCAGGAACUAUUUACUCAUUGCAUGAACAACAAAAACCACCGAGUUUUUAAACAUUUUCAUACUAAACUAUUUUUGCAGAAACUGCCGAAGUCCUGCUCUGCAAUUAUUACGGUUAACCAUGGUGACUCCGUUCUGUCGUUCCGUCUAUUUGCUUUACAAGACCCUCUGAGUUUUUGUCCUAAAUCGCUAGCAAACGAGCGGAGCGAUAGGAUCGGAGACAUCAAGGGAUAGCGGAAUCAUUUAAAGACUCGUUGGAGAAUUCGCCAGUGUUGGACUCCCUGGCAAUAUGACGCUAUUUCAUUUCGGGAAUUGCUUUGCCUUGGCUUAUUUCCCCUACUUUAUCACCUACAAGUGCAGUGGACUAUCAGAAUACAAUGCAUUCUGGAGAUGUGUUCAAGCAGGAGCUACCUACCUAUUUGUGCAGCUAUGCAAGAUGCUAUUUCUAGCCACUUUCUUCCCCACAUGGGAGGGAGGAGCUGGUGUGUAUGACUUUGUUGGUGAGUUUAUGAAGGCCACGGUGGACCUAGCAGACCUUCUGGGCCUGCAUCUGGUCAUGUCCAGGAACGCAGGGAAGGGAGAGUACAAGAUAAUGGUGGCAGCGAUGGGAUGGUCCACAGCAGAGCUCGUUAUGUCAAGGUGUAUACCUCUAUGGGUGGGUGCCAGAGGCAUUGAGUUUGACUGGAAGUACAUACAGAUGAGCUUCGACUCCAACAUCAGCCUGGUGCACUAUAUCGCCAUGGCAGCAGUGGUGUGGAUGUUCACGCGGUACGACCUCCCAAAGAGCUUCCGUCUGCCUGUGACUGUACUGCUAGGGCUGUGUGUAUACAAGGCCUUCCUCAUGGAGUUGUUUGUCCAUGUGUUCCUGCUGGGGAGCUGGACAGCCCUCCUGGUGAAGGCGGUGCUCACUGGAUCCAUCUCCCUCUGUUCUCUCUUCCUCUUCGUCACACUGGUGCACAGUAACUGAGACUGGCUGCGACCCCAAACAAAGAGGGUCUUUAACACACACACACACAGGGCCUUUCAACCAGACUUUGCCUGUAAAGAUUAAUUUUGUAUCACACAGAAAGAGGGCAGGAAUGUGAGCAUUCAUGGUUUGACUUUUUUAAUGUUAUAAUACUACUUUUUUAUGUAUGAUUUAUUAUUGUGCUGAAUUAGUACGGUAGAUUGAGUAUUUAUAACAAGUGGAUGAAAGUGGAUGCCUCUUAAGCGUUGUAGUACAGUUACUAAACUACUUUGACAUCUAAGCUGAUGGUACAAUACUGUUGUUACUCUGUGUGCUCACCUGCAUUACUGCAGAUAUGAAAGAGAUUAACUUUAUCUCAUUCGACAUGAUGAAAUACAAAUGUUGGUGCACUUGUCACAUGACUGAAGCAGCAUAAUGGCGAACUUAUGUUGUCGUAAGAUUACAUAAAACAUGGUAGCAGUGGGUUAUCCUACUCUAUGGAAACUUAGUGAGGUGUGAGUGAAUGGCCAAUAAAUGACUUAAUAUGCUA